AUAUUUUCUCUGAUUUGAAACAGUAAUAUAGGUGAACACAUUAUACCAUUUCAUUGAGGAAACCACCAUCCAUGGCUUUCAUUGCAGUGUCCCCAUGUCCCCCGUGUGUCAUCCAGCAGGUGAAGCAUUAUCUACUAAUAACUGCUGAUAUAGGUUUUUAAUAUGUCAUACAGCCUUCCAAUGCCCUUUCUAUGGUGUGCUGCUCUACAUUCAUAAAUUGUCCCUCUACUGUUGUUUUUCAAAAGAAUUUCUUCUUCAAACCUAGUUAUCAAAUCCAAGUUUCCUGCCAACUAUGAGGAUUCUAGGUGCAGUUGUUGUUUUUUGUCAGAGAGAAUAUAUAUUUUCUGACGUUAUGCGCAUUUGUCAUGCUAAAUUACAAUCUGAAAAUAACAUAAUUCUAAAAGACAGAGUUUACUGGAACUGAAUACGUGGCCUGGUUGCUGGGGCAGCCAAUUAAACAGAAUUAUGAAUGGAUUUUUUUUCUUUAGAUCAGGUACAGGGAGUGAAUAAAGAAAAAGGUGGAGCUUGGCACCAUUGUAGAAUAGAAUGCGGAUAAAACGGCAUUCAGGUUCAGUUCACAUUAAUAUCACUGACAUGCCAGCAACCAGCAUAUGCUGCACAGAAUAGAGCCAGAAGUGCUUUGUCUAGUACCAGCCUGGAGCCAGUUGUAUAAUGCCAUUAAACAGAGUGCACCCGGAGCGCCAGGAUUAUGACACCUUCUCAGUGUCAACAUUUGAUUCCAGAAGAUCUGUGACAUUUCAGCAUGACAGAGACUGCACCUGUUGUUUCAAGAGGAAAUGUUUCUGUAUCAGUGGAAUGGUGCUGCUCACCCUUGGAGCAAUCUCCGCCUUUAUCACAUUGGGAGUCAUCUUUGGAAUUCCAAAGAAUGGAAAUGUAUAUACUCGAGAGUGCAGAACCUCCCUUGGUAAGGCUGGCUUCCUGUGUGAUGACCGAAGAACUUGUAUAGGACCAUCAGCACUUUGUGACGGGCAGGUGGAUUGCGCCAAUGGAGAAGAUGAAUCUAGAACAUAUUGUAGCAAUUUACCUAACAACCUCCCAGAAGGAUUGGUAUUCAGAUGUGUAAACGGUAAAAUGUGGACAUAUACUGAUAAACUGUGUGACAACAAAAAUGACUGUGGGGAUUGUUCUGAUGAAUCAGCUCUCCGCUGCCCUGCUUGUCCAGGAUGGAGAUGUAACACUGUAUUCUUUGCUGACUGCGACUGUAUUCCAAGAACACGUUGCAAUGACACUAUCCAAGACUGUAUAGACUGGAGUGAUGAAAUAUCUUGCAGAUGAUAUCGAGCCUAAUGAGAAUCUACGGAAGGUAUCUGCAACCCCCAAACAAUGGGGAGAAGACGGGGUCAAUGAUUGCUUCUCCAAACAUAGCCCAGUAUUAAGAACAGUUUUGUACUAGGGCAGUGGGAUUUUGGACCUGCAUUACUAAGUACUCUAUAACAAUGUGAACAUUAAUAAUUGAGUGUCAAGAUGCAUA